GGUGCGGCUUCGGGCGGUGCGACGGCCCGGCCCGGCCCGGCGAGGGGAGUUCCCGCAGCCCGCCCCUGCGCCCGCCCCUCGCCGCCCGCGGCUCCUCCUCGCUUCGCCAUGGUGGAGCGGGGAGACGCGGCGCCGCUGCUGCGCUGGGCCGAGGGCCCCGCCGUCUCCCCGCCGCAGGCCCCGGAGCCGCAGGCCGGAGGCCGGGGCUGGGGCAGCGGCGGGGGCGGCCGGCCGGCCGCGGAGCCGGCCUGGAGGCGGGGGCCCGAGGAGCUGGGCGCCUCCGAGGUGCUGCUGCAGCCCGGGCGCCUGGAGCUGGGCGACGUGGAGGAGGACCAGGUGGUGGCCGUGUUCGUGGUCACCUUCGACCCCCGCUCGGGGAACAUGGUGGAAUGGUGCUUACCUCAAGAUAUUGACCUUGAAGGUGUUGAGUUCAAGUCUAUGGCCAGUGGGUCCCAUAAAAUUCAGUCUGACUUCAUCUAUUUCCGAAAGGGACCCUUCUUCGGCCUGGCCUGCUUCGCCAACAUGCCUGUGGAAAGUGAGCUGGAGCGUGGUGCACGUAUGAAGUCUGUGGGCAUCCUGUCUCCGUCCUACACCCUGCUUUACCGGUACAUGCACUUCUUGGAGAACCAGGUUCGACACCAGCUGGAGACGCCAGGACAUUACUCUCAUCUGGCUGCGUUCUAUGAGGACAAGAAAGGGGUGCUCCAUGCCGGUCCGGGGAGAGGCGGCAGCCUGCCCCCUGUCUACUGGCUGCCUUCCAUCCACCGAUACAUGUACCCUGAGAUGAAGAUCACCCACCCAGCCGGCUGCAUGUCUCAGUUUAUCAAAUUCUUUGGAGAACAGAUCCUCAUCCUUUGGAAAUUUGCCUUACUUCGAAAGCGCAUUUUGAUAUUUUCUCCCCCUCCUGUGGGCGUUGUAUGUUAUAGAGUGUACUGCUGCUGCUGCCUGGCCAACGUCUCCCUGCCUGGCAUCGGGGGCGCCAUUCCUGAGUCCAAGCCUUUCUUCUACGUGAACGUGGCCGACAUCGAGAGCCUGGAGGUAGAGGUGUCCUACGUGGCCUGCACCACGGAGAAGAUUUUCGAGGAGAAGCGGGAACUGUACGACGUGUACGUGGAUAACCAGAAUGUGAAGACGCACCACGGCCACCUGCAGCCCUUGCUGAGGAUCAACAGCGCCGACCGGGAGAAGUACCGGCGGCUCAACGAGCAGAGGCAGAUGCUGCUGUACUCCCAGGAGCUGGAAGACGACUACACCCCCUGUGAGGAGGACCUCUUUGUGCUGUUUUUCCUAGAGCAGAACAACCGGAUAUUUCAGACUCUGUUAGAGGUGUCCGCCAGUCAAGACAAAACUCUGACUGCUGAGCACGCCCGGGGCAUGGGUCUAGACCCCCAAGGGGACCGGAGCUUUCUGAUGGACCUGCUGGAGGCCUAUGGCAUCGACGUCAUGUUGGUCAUUGACAACCCCUGCUGCCCAUAGGAAGAGUGAGCCCAGACCGUGGUAAGAUGAGACCACCUUGGUUUUGUGCCCUGCCCUGGUGCCAUGUUGGAAUGGACCACUUUCUCCCAGAGCUACUGCCUGGGUUUUGUCAUAGGCGUCAUCCGAGUGGCUUCUCUUGUGUCCUGGUCGAGUGACUUGAGGGGAUGUGGUGAAGGCCAUGUGUCACUGGGAGCGGGCUGAGCUUGGAAACACUGGGGUGGGCUGUUCAGAAAGUCUCCAGGAGUUCGUCCCUUGCGGUAUUCUGUCCAGGGUGGCCUUGUACGUGCAUCUCCUCAAGGUGGAAGCUAGAGCUCAUGACCUUUCGAGGUGUUUUAUCAGUUCUGGGAGUCCAGUGUUGGGAUCAGAUCCCUUUUCCUGUUCGCUGGGGCAAAUCUGUCUUCUCUGUUCACGUGAGUGGAGACCUCAAAGAGGAACAAGAGGAUGUUUCCGUCACAAAGCAUGAGCUUCUCUAAGAACGGAAUGACAAGAAGAGGUUUCUUACCAGCCAGCUGGAAAGUAAAAUUGUAGCCUGAAGCGUUGAAACUUUCCUCAGAGUAAAUUAACGGUGGCCACUCAACGUCAAACUCCUCCUUUCUCUGAAUCCCGCUCCUUCAGGGAUGGCCCUGGAGCUUGCAAGCAAAUUCAUUUUACAAUUGAGCUUCCUUUAAGGGCUAACUAUGCUCUUAGAGCAAUGUUUGUUCCCACCAAAGGUAGAGCAGUUGGGGUUCAAAGAGGAUAGAGCAGAAGAUGUUUCUCUGAGAGUUCUCUGGACAUAUCACCAGCAGAGCCUCGGGAUCAAAACAGAGAUUCACUGGAUUCCAUAUUCCAGCAAGGAUCUGGAGUUGGUUACUCAGAGUUUGAAGCAUGGAACAAGACUGUGUACCAGUCUGGAGCCCUCACAAACAGAUUUCUUGUCAGCAGAGUUGACAGUCCUUGAGCUAAGCAGUUGGGGCCAGAGACAGAACACGUUUGUUGGAGAGCAAAUUUGAUAGUGCCUUCACCUAGAGAAGUGGUUGGAACCCCCGAGCGUCAGUGAUGAGUUUACCUGUGUCCCCGUGACAUGUUUUGGUGUGGGACGGCUCCUGUGGGUCCCUGCCUGUUCUCUUUGGCUGUGCAUUCCAGGAAGGCCAACUUGGUGAGACCGUAGGUAUUUGAAGCCAGCUCCUGUGAGUAGAGGUUAGGGCUUUUUUUGGCCAUAGUUUAGGAUUUUGACUUGGGCUCCUGGGUUGUUGGUGACCUUUCUUCCCUCUCGAUCUUCUUGCCUGGCUCUGUUACUGGAAUAGCCAUCCGUGUAUCCAUGUCUGUGACCAGGUUCCAGCCAGGCUACUACACACAGCAGAGAAAUGACUUUCAAGUGGAUGGCACACAAGUCUUACAGCUUUUCAGGGCUCACUGCUUUACUCAAAAAUAUUUUCACUGUAGUUCCAUGAUAGGGGAUUCACGACUAAAGAAAUUCACAUGUAAAAAUGCAAAUACGUAUUGAUUAAUCAAAGUAGGUUCUUUUAUGUAAAUAUAUAAAUAAGUUUGGGCAUUGAAAUGUAAACUGUACAACUAAUACACUUUUCUCCUCUGCAGUGUGGAUUUAGCCAUUUCAGUAAUAUAGAUGUUUACAAAAAAAGCCUUGCCGCCUCUUUCCUUGAAGAGCAACCUUCUCUUGUCUCUGGGGAAGGAGCAGCCUUUCGGACUUGGGUCAAGUCAUGGUGACUUUUAGUGCUAUCUGAAGGCUCAAGGUUUUCUAAGUUAGGGGGAUGGUCGAUCGGAAGCAGGAAAGGUCGGAUUCUCUUGGUGGACGCAGGCCCCCUUCCUCUGGAAUUGAGGGGUUUGUUGGAAAGGACUAUCUUAAAGCACGUCCGUCCCCGCGCCCUUCUGCAUGCAAACACUUGUGUUUCUGUGGAAUUGUAACUCCAAGCUCAUAAGUGCUCAUGUAAAGGUCGUAAGGUGAAAAUAAGGUUUCUGUUCUUUCCUUUGCGUGGCGGGUCGGGGUUCUGGGUUCCCUUUAGCUGCAGACUCUUCCAGGCGGUUGUCUGGCGGCUGUGGGCUGCCCCCUCACCCUCGGGCAGGGGGCUGGGGGCUGGGCACGGAGGGGAAUAAUACGAGUGAGCCUGGGCUCAGCUGACCCCAGGACAGAACUGCUCCCCCUCCUGCCCUGUAUUCCCUCUGUGAGGAGACCCAGCCGUCCUUCCCUUGCCAGUGUCAUUAUCAGCCAGAAGCCCAGCACAGCACCUCUGGCUGACUGAGCAACAUGCCCCGUUGCUCUGUAGUCAGUCAUACGGAGGUCCCCUUUGGAAGACUUGCUCUGUCCCCCCCCUCCCCCCGCUUCCAUCCCCCUGUCCUCUCCCCAGUGUCUCCAGUUAGCGGCUGCCCCUUCUCUACAAGGGGAACCGGAGAGUGAGGUACCCGGCAGGGCUCCCUGCAGUUACAGAAGCUAGAAGCCACGUGGACCAGCUUUUCUGUCACUGUUGAACUAUUUCCUUAAAACCCUUCUGCUUUCGGUCAGAAGACAUUGGUCAACGUUCUUCUUCACCGCCUCGUAGAUCGAUAAGCUCUGGAGGGCGGGGAUGGUUACCACCGACCCUUGGGGCAGAGCUGGAAGCCUAGGUGGGGUGGCUGGACCUGUGGUAGCCUUCUGCCCUUCUGUGCUGUUGAAUCUCACCCCCUCCCCUGCCUCCUCUCAGCUGGCUGGGUCCUUCUGAGAACUUUCAGCCUGGUCUAAUGCCAUGCUAUGAGCCAUGUGGUCACCUGGAAACGUUGCUGACCUGAGACACCUGGGCUGCUGCCGCCGUUGAAUCAAGGCAGAAAAAACCAGGUGGCAGGACUCCUUGUGGGACCAAGAACCCAGGCCUGGGGUUUACUGACGUCCCGCCAAAUGCGACAAAGGCCCAUUUAGGUGGAUUUUUCCAAUUCUGCAGGCUCGGCAGAUGGUAAUAGCCAGCCAUGGGGAAAAUGUCUGGUUGCCCUCUGGCUUAGGCUUCUUUCUUCAGGAGUCAGAAAAGGUAGGAUUUAUCUCCUACGAGAGCAAAAAGGGUGGGCCAAUUUGUGUAGAAUUAACUAUGGCUUUAGACAAGCACGAAGCACUCCUUAGGCCCGGUGUCUGUUCCAGUACCAUUGUGCCACCUGGGGCCUUGCACGGUCCUCCGGCAGCCAGGAUGGCCGUGAGUCAGAAGGCUCUCGCCUCCCACAGCCACCAUCCAGCAUGGCACUUCUUCCACUCGGCCGGGGAGGGGUGCCGAAUUCAUUGGUAAUGAUAGAAAUAACUUGGCCCAGAAUUUGCAUCUAUAGCUUCCCUUGUUUUGCUCCUCGUGAAAAUCAAGAUGGGAAAUUGAAGUGUAGCACAGGGCACAGAUCAUUCUAAAUACCACCUGUGAAGACUCAUUUAUCAGUGUUACUCCCUGAUAUUUUAACCGGAAGAUAAAAGUAAAGAGAAAUCUGAGCUGAAUCGCUGUUUUUCAUUCCGGUGGCUACGAGGACGAACUUGCUAUUCGUCUUGAUCCACUGAAAGCCCUUCCAACACAGUAAAAAGAUGAGAUGAUUCACCUUUAAACCGAGGCCUUCAGGGAAGCUUUUGUAAAGGGCAGUCAUGAAUUAACGUUUUAAUGGUAGGACAGCAACCCUCUGAGAAGAGGCAGGGACCUCAGGGACCUUUUUUUUUCCCCCUGAAACUGCAUAGCCCAGGGAAUGGAUUGAGAUGUUUUCCCCAGUCCCCAUACAGAUCAUACUUGGAAAGGUAAAGGAGCAGGAGGGCGUCGAAUAAAAUUGUAGGACAACGUUCAGCUUGACACUGAACUUUCCUUCGUAGGAUGCCAGUUCUGAAAUAGGCAGGAAAGUCAACAUGGGGACCAACACGUCAUGCGGGGGCUUUCACCUCCCUGUCCAGUUCCUCACUAGUGGGCUCAGGAUCUGAGGUCCAGCCCCAGGGUCUUCCCGCACUUCGUGCCCUGCGGUGAGGCUCCUCCAGAGCCGGGGUGCUUACCUCCGCUGGCCCCCACCUGCCCCUUCUUGUUUCAGGAAGAUCCCUCUCUGAUUUCAGGUAGGGGAAGAGAAGGGGUCAAGGGCUCCUCUUACCCCUGAGUCCAUGGGUUUCGAAGAUUCCAUCUGAUGACUAAUAUACCUCUGUUCCCAGGAGCUGCUAGGGCACUGAGUGUUGGGAGAAAGGCUAACUGUGAAUUAAGUUACUGUUUGUCUUAUGAGAAAUGGGAGUUUAUUUUUAUGUCGAUAUUAUUAUGUGAUGAAUUAAGUGUGCAGAUGUGGAAACGGAAGAAAAUCUCAAAACUAGAAUCCUGGAAGAAACAAGUUUUGUAACUUGGAAGCAACUGAAACCUCAUAGAAGUGUCAUUAUUCGUCUUUGAGCGUGAAUAAGGACACUGUGCUGGGAGCCUUAGCCACGCUCUCUGGGAGGUGAACGGGAGGGUCUUCGAGAGGAUGGCACGGGCAGCGACCUCAAGGGAAACUCUUGCUUCACGUGAGGAGGCCGAUUAGCAGGCCUCUUCCUGAAGCCACGUGGUCUUCUGCCUGGCACUUUCUCUCUGGAGCCAGAAGAUGGGGGCAGUUGGGUAAAACUGCUCAUUUAGAAAGGAAGUAAGAAUUUUCUAGUGAUUACAAAGAAUGAUGGGGGGGGGGGGGCAGGAAGCCCUCUUUAGAGUUAUUCCAGAAGCUCAGCAUAGGAUGGGCUUUUAGCAGUAACGUAAUCUAAAUUCAGGAAAUUUAUUUACUUACCGUAGUGUAAGGAUAGGUGUGAAUUACUUACGUUGGCUUUAGAAGGCGUGUUUAGACUAACGAUACAUUUAGUCUGCUUUCCUAAAGACAGCUGGGGAAUGCAGGGGUAGAGUAGGGCAGGGCCUUAGAAAUUAGCCAGGGAGGAUCCACAAAAUGAAAAAUCCCCAGAGAGGUCAUAGAGUUAUCUGGUUGCAAAUAGAUUUCAUUGAUGUUGGAGUGAAAACCUCCUUAGGCCAAAUGAAGCGAAGAUAAAAAGUGUUCAAAAACUUGGAAGGCGGCCUCAGGAAUAGUUUGACUCGAGUGCCCACAAAGACCAUAAUGAGGAAAGGUAUGAAUUCUGUGCUGUUGAGCAGUCCAGCUAGGGCACUUCAGGGGUACAGAGUAGAGGAAAAGAAAAUCAACCUCCUUAUUUACCCAAGCUUGUUGGCUGAAUUUUUUUUUUUUUUUUUUAUAGGUCUGGGAAGUCAACCUUUUCUGAAAAAGGAAUGGUUGUAGCCUUGGAAAAAUGGUUUUCCUAUUUCUCCCAAGUUAGGAUUAACAUAGCCUCCCUGUCGCCUUAAAUGUCAAACCCCUAUUUUAAUACCCCAGCAUAAGAGUUCUAGCAAUAAGAGACACUGAAUCUAUUUUUGUUUAAAUUCUUGACCUCAUAGUAUGAAGUUAGUAAGACAGUUGAUAAAUUUCACCCUGAAUACUAGUCGCAUAGGUACGUUCUUCUGUUUUGAUGGUAAUGAGUUUAAUGCCCUAAAGAAAGCUGGUGUUAAUCCUGAAGCUACGAGGAGUGAAUGUUUCUUUAAUGAUUGUUUUGUGGUACAAAUAACAUCUGUGUAUAUCAUAUCUGUAUAUAUCGGAACCAAGUUGUGUGCAGAGAGGUUGAUAGAACUAUAUUUACAGAAAACAAUUUUUACAAUUAAAAUUCACAUUUUAACAUGAA